ACUGCCGGGUCCGAUUAGAGCCCAAUUACCCCCACCGCGUCCCCUAAUCGUCUCGCACGUACCGUACGGUCUCAGGCGCAUCGGCCUCGCCGCUCCACAGACGACGGCGGAGGCGGCGAGAUGACGGUCUUCCACUUCCUCAACUGCGCCUUCCUCACCUUUGGCCCCCACGUCGUCUACUACUCCGCUACCCCACUGUCAGAGUAUGAUACGAUCGGCACUUCUGUAAAAGCAGCUGCUGUUUACCUUGGAACUGCACUUGUAAAGCUUGUUUGCUUGGCAACAUUGCUCAAAGUACCUGAGAAUGAUAGCUUUGAUCCCUGUCAGGAGUUAUUGAAAGUUGUUAUUGGAUUCAUAGAUGCAGUUGGACUGUAUUUUGCCUUGACACAGUUGACCCACAGAAACAUAUCUCAGAAUCAUAAGUUCCAGGCUGUUGGUCUUGGUUGGGCUUUUGCUGCUUCAGUUCUGCACCGACUGGCACCUCUCUGGAUUGGAGCAAGAGGGCUUGAAUUUACAUGGGAGUACAUAUUACAAGGCCUUGAAGCAAAUGCUAAUCUUGUGAUGACCCUCUCCCUUGCUGCAUUGGGAUCCUUGAUGUGGCUUAGGAAGAACAAGCCUAGGACUUUGGUUCCGAUAGUUUAUGCAUGUGCUCUGCUCUUAGCAACAAUGCCAUCUAUUACCGGCUACUUGAGGAGGUCAUUGGAGUGGCAGACACCAAAGGUGGUUGGCUUUGAGCUCAUCUCCUCUCUUGUUAUGGCUUUGAUCAGCUGGCAGCUGUUCUCGGCUUGUCAGAGACCGACGUGACGAGACAUCCAUAUCACUGCCAAUUUUACGUGCAGUUUGAAGCUGCUGAGGAUGCUUCCUGAUACGUCGGAAGAAUUACGAUGAUUCUCUGAACUCUGGACCACAACUCUUCUUGGCGUUCGGUCACAGAACAUUUUACAUAGAACAUCUGUUGUGACUUAGAGAACUGUCGAGCAGAAACCCAUGCCUCAAAUGAGUUAAUUCUGUAACAGAUGCUCAGGUAGGCCUUUGAUCUGAAACAUUUGUUUAUUGUUAUUACGGUGUGCAUUUCAGACAGAUGCUAUCUUUGGUCGCAUAAUCUAGCGUAAAGAUCAGAUAAUUCAGGUA